CAGGAACCAAAUGUUGAAGCUGCAAAAUUCUACAGAUUGCUUGAAGACUUGAGCCAACCUCUUUAUGAAGGAUCUAGCACAGAUUCAGAAGGAAAGGUUGUUGAACCCUUCUCUUUCUAAUGUAGAACUUGUGGACAAGUGCUUCCCACCCACAAGGCGUGACCAUGUUGUUGGUUAUGGUGGUGGAAUAAAAGCAAGAGACUUGAGAAGUCCAGCUAUUAGCAAGGCUGAACUGAUAGAAAAACUAGCACAGUCUGAGCAAGAAAGACAAGCACUCCAGAAUGAUAAUGAAGUCCUUCGUGAAGAAAAUCGAAAAGUUAACAAUUGUAUGAGCCGAAUGGAAGAAGAAUGGGCACAAAUGAAGAAGUAUAUGAGUGCUAACUAUAGCCAACAUGAUUCACCAGGAUCAGCUGGAACAAGAUAUCCGGAUGAAGAUUAUUAAAACAAGACAAGUGAAUGGUUCAUGAGCAGAUCUACGUUGCAUGCAUAUGCCAAUUUUUAUAGCUAGUUUGAUCUUCUUUACAGGAUUGGCCUUAGCCUUUGUUAGUUUC